CGCGCACCACCACCAUAGCCGCUCGUGUCUUUCCAGCUGCGCGCCGCGUGUCGGCAGAUCCUAGGGUGGUCUUUUACUUCGCUGCGCGACUGGCUGGCGGGAUCAGCGCUAAUCCUCUCGCACAGGCAUGCCGUUCUCAAUCGCCCGCUCUCGCCAAUAGUUACCAGAGUUCUUCCGUGUAGAGUACUCCCGCCCGAGAGUACUUCCGUUGUUACUCUGCUCGUGCUUCGUCGUCUUGUUUACUAUGAGACGGCAGCCGCGUCGUUUUCCACGCUGACGGUGAUAAGCAGCCACGUGGACGAUCGCGAAAAACGCACCAAUGGCGUCGCGGUUAGCCCAAGCGGCGCGUUCCCGCAGUUCUCCCGCGCUUCGGCUCUUACCCGGAAGCCUCUCCCUCCACUCGCUUGCACCAAUUGAGUCAGCUGUAGGAUCUUAUAGAGAAACCUCUCAUACCGGUUCUUCUUAUAAAGAGAAUUCGUAUACAGGGACUGGUGUAGGCACUCUUUUAGAAUACUCUGGCCUAGGCGGUGAGAGCGGCUCGGCGCGCUUUGCAGGCCUAGGCAGGAGCAACCACAGCUCCAGCAGGGGCGCUACUAGCGGCGUAAUUUCCGGCGGGAAUUGCGGCGCCGACGUCGCUAGCGCUCGGCGCAUCAACACGCGCGCGCCGCUGCCGGUUUUCACGGGCGAGCAGUGGACGACGGCGCACGCGUUCACGAAUGAUGAGGUGGCGGCUUUCGCGCACAUGACGGGCGACCUCAACCCCAUCCACCUGGACGCGCACGCGGCGGAGGCGGCGGGAUUCGCGGAGUGCGUCGUGCAUGGGAUCCUCGCGGCGAGUCUAUUCCCUGCUCUCAUCGCCAAGAAUCACCCCGGAGCCAUCUACGUGUCCCAGACCCUGCGCUUCCUCGCACCUGUCUAUGUGGGCGAGCAGGUCACAGCUACUGUGGAGGCCAUCUCUGUGGUGGCCCACAGACAUAGAUUCAGAGUCACAUUUGCUUCCAAGGCGUUCAAGGAACCGCGAGUCACGCCAGCAGCAGCAGCAGACGCAGCAGCCGCAGGAGAAGAGGCGGCACCCCGCCCUGUGCUGGCACUAGAUGGCAUUGCUGUUGCCAUCAUCCCCGCACUGAACAGAGACCCCCCCAACCCCAUGGACUAAACAGCUGAAUUUUCCUAGGCUUCAAGUUGACGCAGCAGCAUCGGGAGAGGUGGCGGCAGCCCGCCCCGUGCUGGCACUGGAUGGCAUUGCUGUUGCUGUCACAGUUGCACUGAACAGAGACCUGCCCGACCCCAUGGAGUAAAGAGAUGACCUGUUAGCCAACACAGUAGCCUCGGGAUAAUUGCUUCCAUCGUUUCCGCGCCAGCCUUUCAUUCCUGUGGGCUGCAAUAGUAGUAUAGUCGCUGCAGCCUACCGUAAAUUACUAGUAUAUUCCUCCCAAUGCGUAUGCAUUCUCCAUUGUGCUACCAAUAUUGCACAGUUAAAGUCCGGAGCCCUGCUAGGAUAGUUGUAGGAAAAUCAUCGAAAACACCACUUACACUUCAGAUGAAGGACGUGUU